AUGAUCAUCCCUGAAAUUUAUGAUAUACCCUCCUUACACAGGUUUCUGGAUGCUCGGGAAGAUGACGAUUCAGCGACAGUGAACGGCAUCAUAACCAGCGAUGGACUAUUCGAAGGAACAGUAACGACAUCUUCAGAAGAAUAUCACAUAGAGCCAGUCAACAGAUACGUCAGUCCUGGAAUGAGAGAACCGACAUUCAUUCCAUAG